AUGGCCUGCAACAGCACAGAUCUGACGUCUCUCCGUAUAGGCGACGACACCGUCGAGCGCACGGACAACUUCAGGUACCUCGGAUCUGUGCUUGAUGCGUCCGGGAACAUCAAUCGCAACAUGAUGGCCCGUAUAUCAGUGGCCUGGGCAAAAUGGCGCGAGGUGACGAGUGUCAUUUGUGACCUCAAUAUGACGGUAAAGCUGAAGGGACAGGUCUAUAAGACCAUCAUAAGGCCUGUCCUUACAUACGGCAGAGGCGUGGCCGGUGCUGGAGCGACACCGUCUGUUGUUGCAUGUCACGGAGAUGAACAUGCUGCGGUGGAUGUGUGGCGUCACGCGGAAAGACCAUGUACGGAAUACAUACAUCCGCGGCAGCCUCCAUGUCCGUGA